AUGUUGUUCGUGAUAGCCCUGGCGCUGACCACAUACGAGAUCUUCUCAGUCAACGAGCUCCGCGACAGCAUCCAGCGAGCCAACACGUCAACGCUGUCACUCCUGCUCGCCGAGCAUGCCACCUACCGGCUUGGAGGCUCGCCUCUGGAGAUUCACGGCCGCCUCCGAGUGCAAAUCUCCGGCCGGGAGGGCACUGUUGUUGACGCGGCUGGGCUCUCGCGUGCGUUCAUCGUCGCCGGCGGAGGCUCGCUGGAGCUUCGCUCGCUUUCGGUGAUCCGCGGCGUCGCAAACGCCUCAGACACAGACGGAGGCGGAGGCUGUGUGGUGGUCAGACCAGAUAGCGCGCUGCGCGCCACCGACGUCCUCUUUUCUGAGUGCGCGGCAGUUACCCAGGAGCGUGGAUGGAUGGCUGCCGCCGGGCAUACGAUGGCCCGCAACGCCCUCGCCGACUUCAAUAUCCGAGGCGGCGCGGACGGCGGGGGCACGGAUGCGCAAGGCGGCGCGAUCGCAUCGCAUGGGGGCACGAUCUGGCUCGAGGGGUGCACGCUGCGCAACGCGUCGGCCCUCGAUGGCGGCGCCAUCUUUGUGUGGGGAGGCUCGCUGCUCAUCGAGCACAGCCGCUUCCUCGACUCCUCCGCAGCUCGCGAGGCCGGCUGCAUCGCCAUCCUCGAGGGCGCAGCAGCGGACGUCCGUAACGCGACGCUGCGAGGCUGCUCCGCCGGCGGCGACGGCGGAGGGAUCUUCGCCGCCGACGGCGCUCAGAUGGAGUGCACGGCGGAGGGCAGCGGCGGCGCGCUCGCCCUCGACGGCGCGUUUGUGGAGGUGCACCGCAGCGAGCUACGCGCCUGCAUGGCGCUCGAGUCGGGCGGCGGCGUGUGGGCCUUCAGCGGCAUGGUGCGGGUGGUGCGCUGCUCGAGCGUACGGGACGGCGGCGGGAUGCACAUCGGCUCAGGGGCGCUGGUGGUGCUGACCGCGUCGCUCCUGGCCAACUCGUCCAUCCUGCGCUGCCACUCGCGCCUGUACGGCACGGCGUACGUCGAGGGCAUCCCGACGCCGAGCCGCGGCAGCGAGCUCGCCCCGAGAUCCGCCGAGGGGAGAGAUCGGCCGAGCGCUGUAGGCAACCUGACGUUGAGCCACGGCUCCGAGCUCGCCGACUGCGACGGGCACGACAUGGGCCUGUCGGGCUCCUCAGAGGACUCGCGGAGGGGGGGCGUGCUGUGGAUCCGCCACGGCGGCGUGGCCCGCUUGCUGCGCUCCCGCGUGGCCGACAACCGCGUGUACGACCUCAGCGCGCCAAAGACCUUCUUCGCCGUGGCGAGCGUGGACGCCGGCGCGAGGCUCGAGGUCUUCCACUCCCUCUUUGAGAACAACUCGAUCACGUCCGUCACCGAUGACGGCGACGCGGCGGGGGCGCGGCUUCGGCCGGCGAGAGCGCCCGAGAUGGAAGGAGACCGCUCGAGGCUGUAG